AGACCGUUGCCUGAAGAAAGAAAGAGGUCUGCCUUUCUCUCGCGACAACGUACUUUUCUUCAUAAUCAAAGAAACGUUGGAGCGCCUUAGGAACAAUCGCCAUUCUUUACAUCCACGCAAGCACGCAGCAGAUUGAGUCAAGAUGUCAACGCUCUUUGGUUCUGCGAGUUCGACGAACACAGCAAAUACACUGGGUGACUUGGGCAAGGACGUCGCCUUGACUUCCCCACCUGAGGACAGCGUUUCUGAUAUCAACUUCUCUACACAAACCCAACAUCUGGCCGUCGCUUCAUGGGACAAGAAGGUCAGAAUCUACGAGAUCGCCGAAUCUGGAGGAAGCACUGGGGUAGCUGCUUUCGAUCAUGAAGCUCCAGUUUUGAGCUGCCACUGGUCACCUGAUGGAAAGAAGGUUGUAGGAGCAGGAGCAGACAAAGCUGCGCGGGUGAUGGACAUGACCACCCAGCAAACAUCCCAAGUCGCCGCACACGAUCAACCCAUUCGCGUUGCUCGAUUCUUCACACCAGUUGCAGGAGGAGAUGCGAUGCUUGUUACGGGUUCAUGGGACAAGACCAUCAAAUACUGGGAUCUGAGGCAACAGAGUGCCGCAGCUACGGUUCAGUGUCAGGAGAGAGUCUAUACUCUUGACGUGAAGAAGAACCUCUUGGUCGUUGGUACAGCAGAUCGCUAUAUCAAUGUAAUCAACCUUAGCGACCCUACAAAGUUCUACAAGACUUUGCAGAGUCCUCUGAAGUGGCAGACUAGAGUAGUCAGUUGCUUUACGGAUGCCACAGGUUUCGCUGUCGGCAGUAUCGAAGGAAGAUGCGCCAUUCAAUAUGUUGAAGAGAAAGACGCUAGCUCUAACUUCUCAUUCAAAUGCCACCGAGACCCACCCCAAAACAACAUGACCAACGUCUACUCUGUCAACGCCAUCUCAUACCACCCACAACACGGCACCUUCAGCACCGCAGGCUCAGACGGAACCUUCCACUUCUGGGACGGAGUUGCGAAGCACAGACUCAAGGGAUACCCUACCACUGGCGGAACCAUCUCAGCAACAGCUUUCGACCGCACUGGAGCCAUUUUCGCCUAUGCUGUCAGUUAUGACUGGAGCAAGGGCUAUGCAAGCAAUACACCACAAUACCCCAACAAAGUUAUGAUGCACCCUAUCCAAACAGAUGAAUGUAAGCCCAGACCAAGCGUCAAGAAGCGGUAGACAGUGAACACUAAAGCACAUACAUGGUAUGAUAUGGGUGGAAAUAGAGAAAUCAAGCAAAAAAAUCCCACUGUAUUCUAGAUUGGCCAUUAUUUGCACCUUUGAAGGGAGGACGGAAAAUGAUGGACGUGAAAGGCUAUGCAUACUGGCGUUCCGGAGGAGAUGUUGCAGCGAAUGAAUACCAAGGAAAUCAAUACCUUAGAUAGGCACGAAUGAAGAAAGUACGAGG